AUGGAAGCCCGAGAUCUGAUAUUUAGAGGCAACAUUUCAGACCUCGACAAGAACCUAUGCUUUGAUGCAAAGGGACAAAAGGAUGCGAAGAGCAUAGUUCACCUGUUAAGCCGCAUGUCCGCCGGUGGCUUCAACGAUACUCUCGCCUACGUUCAUCUCCCAACGGUCAGUCACAGCUCGAUUAAUACGCCAUCAGGCCAAAACGCGAGCGCAGCUCAAAGACGUUCCCUGACUGAAAAUCCGUCACCCGGUCGUAUUGAGCUCGUCAAAGUUUUCGACAAGUUGCAUGAGCUGAAGGUCAAGAAGAUCUUGCGCCUAUACGUCGAAGAUAGACACCCGCCCUCUCAUACGGAUGCCUCCAUAGAGAUUGCGUUACAAGGUCGAGAGUCCUUUCUCAAAGAUGGUGUAACGGCAGGACGAGAACCCAUAGCUGUUGAGACAUGGGAUUGGCGGAAGCCUGACUUGAGCACUGAAGUCAUUGCCUUUGCUGCGCCUACCGUCGAGAAUGUGCAUCUCUACUGGAGUGGAAAUCAGGCUGUUCUCAGAGCAUGGGACUGCGACGAAGGUAUUCCCCGGCUAUAUGUGACAACGGAGCGGAGGCUCAAGAGAGUUACUGUUCACGCAGCACCAGGGCUCGAAACUCGAGACAGAAUGCUUGCCAUGCUGAAUCGAUUCAAACAAGAGGUCCAGAGGAAGACAGGCGGCGGUGUUGCGAUGGAAACCGUCAUUCGGAUGGAGGGACUGAUGGCGAACAUGGACACUGUUGAAGAUGCAUCAGGUCCCGUUAGCGAUGAGGCAGCUGAAAAGCAGCACGUCUGGGUCGACACGAUGGACGUAUUCCGAAGAGCUCUGAGCUCACUCCCAGAUCUGAAGGGCAGCAAAGCUCCAAGAGUGAAGCUCGCGCUCAUUGACGAUGGGAUCAAUCUUGGCAACCUCGACGACUACAACGGCAGCGUCACAAGUAGUGGAGUGAGUUACUUCCCUGGCGGACCCUGGCAUUGCUCCAGCACCGGCCAUGGCACUAUCCUGGCGAACAUGAUAGUGAGAGUCAACCCCUGGGUCGAGUUGCAUGUCGUCAGGGUGCAAGACGGUCCGUCACGAAACGGAGGACGGAACAUUUUCGCCGGCAGUGCUGCGAAAGCCAUUCGAUACGCCAUUGACAAAAAGGUGGACAUCAUCUCAAUGUCGUGGACCAUCAAGAACGCGAUGACGGGAGGCCAUACAUCCCCCAUGGGCAGUGACUCCAGGAACGGUAGUUUUAGCGACAAGCCAUCCAUGGAGCAACGUGACAUCCAAGCCCUCGGAGAUGCUAUUGAUGACGCGGCAAAGGCUGGAAUUUUGAUGUUUUGCUCAGCGAGCGACGACAUCCAAGCAGGAGCCAUGGAUACGCUCCCAUAUCAGAAGCAGCCUGGUUACAUCUUCCGAAUUGGUGCUGCGACAUACCUAGGCCAGCGUGACGGUCAUACCGAGGAUGUCAAAAGGAUUGACUACUUUUUUCCCGGCAAUCAAGUUGCCGAGGCCAAGAAUCCAAGAUCAUCGGAGCCAGUCAAGUAUCACGAUGGAUCAUCAGUCGGCACGGCUCUCGCUGCGGGGCUGGCAUCUCUGCUGAUAUACUGCGCCAGGAUAACAGAGCAUCGUCUUGCUGAAAAGAAGGGGCAGGAAAACUCUCGGAUGGCCAGUACGUGCGUGGGAUUGGCUGAUGCGUUGCGACUCCAAAAGAACAUGAAGCAGGCGCUUGACAAUAUCAAGAGCAGUCAGUGGACGGACGCCAAAUAUCUGCCAGUCUGGGCAAUAUUCAAGCCCAAAGCAGAUGACAUGGAAAAGGCGAAAGACGAGGAUAAAUGGAUGAUUCUUGAAAAGCUCGUGGUCCAAUUAGGUGUUGGCAUCAACUGA